AUGCAGAUCUUUGUGAAGACCCUGACGGGCAAAACAAGUACGUUGGACGUGGAGCCCAGUGACACCGUUGAGAACAUCAAGACCAAAAUCCAGGACAAAGAAGGGAUCCCUCCCAACCAGUAGUGUCUGAUCUUUGCAGGUUAGCAGCUGGAGGACGGGCACACUCUCUCAGACUACAAUAUCCAGAAAACGUCCACCCUCCACUUGGUGUUGCAUCUGCACAGAAGGAUUAUUGAGCCCUCCCUCUACCAGAUGGCCCAGAAGUACAACUGUGACAAGAUGAUUUGUCACAAAUGCUAUGCCUGCCCGCAUCCCCGUGCUGUCAAUUGCUGCAAGAAGAAGUGUGGCCACACCAACAACCAGUGCCCCAAAAAGAAGGUCAAGUAA